CUUCUUCUUCAUCACCAGAAAUUUUUUUCGUCUGUUCUCCGUUGAAACGCAGCAAUAAUGCUUGACCUGAGAAAGGUCUCGCCGCUUCACUUGUUUCUCACCUUCCUAGUCUUCGGCUUCGCGACCCCAUCGACCACGUCAACAGCGACGGCGGCCGCGGACAAAUCUGAAGCGUUUGUAGUCUCCAGAGACCAGGUUACAUGCACAAUGUGCGCCGCAUGCGAGAACCCGUGCCAGCCCGUGCCUUCGCCCCCGCCGCCCUCGCCGGCCCCGCCGGAAGUCGAGUGCCCGCCGCCGCCUUCUCCGCCGCCCGCUCUCCCGCCACCCUCGCCUCCAGCCCCGGAAGCCGAGUGCCCGCCCCCGCCGAUGCCGCCGGCCUGCAGCGCGUGCGAGUCGCCAGGAACUGGAAGCAUCUACGCUUCCCCGCCUCCACCAGCCACGAGCGGCGGUGGCGGGGGGGUCUAUCCGCCGCCGUACGGCGGGUACUACCCAAUGCAGCCUCCGCCGAACCCCAUGGUGCCGUACUUCCCAUACUACUACUACAGCCCUCCGCAGGCUUCGGUGGCCUCCAAUAGCUUCCUCCACUUGGAGAAGAACGCCGCUGGUUUUGCCACUUCUCUGGUUUUGGGCGGGCUUCUCUACGUGCUACUGCUACGUUUCUAGCAACCGCCCCCGAUAAGAAUUUCUUCCCUCAUCGUACUCGUUUCUUAGGCCAAAAAAAAAAAAAAUACAGUCACCUUUUUUUCUUCUUCUCUGUUUUAGGGUUUCAUUACCAAAUGAU